AUGGAGAGCCGCAUCUUCAUCUCGGCGGGAACAUCGCACAAGAUCCUCCGGAAGCCGAACUAUGCCAAGUGUUUCAACAAUGAGAAGCGCUACGAGGGCGAAAUUCAGAAAUUGAACAACAUUCUCCGAUUGCACGGCCACAAGGUUCUCAGGGAGAAGAGCGAGCGCGAGAACGUGUUCCAGGCCCUCUCCAUCAUCAGCUCCAAGAUCAACAAAGGCGCCGAGUGGAGCCCCCUCUACACCGCCAAGGCCAUCGAUGCCGCUUACCUCCACCGUACCCUUUUCAGCGAGGCGCAGCAGCAGUGCCUGGUGCGAUGGAAGGAGAGGGUGGACCAGAUGGUGGACCUGCCGGCCCUGCAGGCGGCCGCGGUGCCGGCGGCCGUGGCGGCGUCGCCCUACGACAAGUUCGCCCUCGAGGCCCUGCCGCAGUCGGCCUACGCCGCCUACUUCACCUUCAACAACAAGGUGUGCCCGCGGUGCGGCUACCGUCGUCCGCUCUACUGCUGGGACUGCUUCGAGCCCGUCGUCGUGAUGAAGGUCGGCGACAGCAACGGCGGCAAGCAGAAGAAGCAGAUCAAGAAGAACGGCGGCAAGAACAACAAUAACAAGAAGAUGAAGAAGAAGCCACGACGCAUUCGACCCGCCGAGCGGCUGGUGGUGCUCAAGGAGGCGCUCGACGCCAAGCAGUCCCACCAGGAAAAGAAUGAAGAGGAAGAACAAGACAAAAAGAGCGAAGACGAAGUAGUAGAAGACGACGAGAAGAGCGAAGACGAAGCCGGAGAGCACGGCCUCGGGGAGGACGAACGCCAACACGAAAGCGAAGUCGCUGUCGAGGCUGUCGAGAAGAACGAAAGCGAGGCGGACGAGCUCAAGAAGAAGAGCGAAAGCGACGGCGGCGCCAACGACAACGAAGAUCGAAGGGAGGCGCGAAAGCGCGAGCUCCAGGCGCAGGCUAAGCGCGCCGAGAUCCUGGUCAAGUGGGGCCGCGAGGACUUCGAGCCGCACUCGCUUGUGCUGCCGCUCAAGGUCGACAUCAUCAUCCACCCGAAGCUCAAGCUGCGCCGGUGCACGUCGAUCGUCGCCGCCGUCCUCUCGUCGGCGCGCUACGUCGAGGUCCACCGCGCGCUGGCCUCCCACUCCAAGCCCUUCCGCGUCACCUACUCUCCGGCCGCCUACGCCGCGUCGGCGACCGACCCCUUAACGUCGCAGCCGCGGCCCUCCUUCUCGUCACGCAUGCCCGAUCUCGACCCCGACUCCACCGUCGUGCUCUACCCCUCGCCCGACGCGCUGUCCGUCGAAGAGGCAUAUCUGGCGUUCAAGGAGAAGGGCAAGAGGAUCGAGCGGGCGGUGGUUAUCGAGGCCACGUGGGAGGGCUCCACGCAGAUCCUCAACGACCCCAAGCUGGCUAACCUGACCAAAGUCAAGAUCGAGGCGCGGAAGACGUUCUUCUGGCGAUUCCAGUCGAACGGGGAGGGCUUCCUGAGUUCCAUCGAAGCCAUGUACUACCUCUGCCGCGAAUACGCCGCCGUUCUGCGCAAGCACCAACCGGAGGGCCAGGCGGCCGGAGAGGAUGAGGCCGCGUUGGAUCGGCUGCUGUACUACUUCUGUCUGGGCCACCAGCGCACGGCCAGCUUCUACAAGGAACGCCCCGACCUCCUCCCGCCCGUCUCGUGGACCUUUCACAACAACAGCACCGACAUGGCGCAAAAGGAAUAA